AUGGUGCUCCAUAGCUUUCAAGAGUGCGUUGCCGGUAGAAUCUGUAUUGCUGCAUCCUCAAAAAGUAUAUUGGGCGUUGAAAUCGCCCAAAAGAAUGACCGUAACGCCGUUGUUAGCGGAGAAGGAAAGUCUUCCAUUGAGGGCAAACAAGUAUUCUUUGCCGGGGAAAGGGAUGAAGAAGGAGAGUGGACGUAUGAAAAAGCGGGAGGGAAAUCAGUGAUAGAUUAUGGAAUUGUAAAUCUGGAGGCAGAAGAGAAAAUUAGAUGUUUUGAAAUAGGAUGCAGGGCAGAAUCAGAUCACCAGCCAAUAUUGAUAGAGUUAGGAAAGGAAUAUACAAGGCAGGAGAAGGAAAAAGAGAGCGAGGCAGAGAUGAUACAGGAUUGGUUAGAGGAGGGCAUAGAAAUAUUUAGGAAAAAUAUAGAGGAAGUAGAGUGGGAAAAAGGAGAGGGGGGAGGACGAUGGGAAGAAAUGGAAGAAGUAAUGAAAAGAGCACCUAAAAUGAAGAGGAAGGGUGGAAGGAAAGAGGUAGGAUGGGUACCAUGGUGGGAUAGAGAGUGUAGGGAGAAAAAGAGAGAGGUUAAUAGGGCGGGGAGAAGAUAUAGGAGAAGGAAGUCGGGAUAUGAGGAAUUUGUGAAAAAAAGAAGGGAAUAUAGGGAUACAUGUGAAAAGAAAGAAGUAGAGCAUAAGAAGCUUGAGGAGAGAGAGAUAGAAAAGAUUAUAACAGAAGCACAGGCAUGGGAAUUUAUAAAUAGGAGAAGGAAGAAAAAGGAGGGAAUAAGUAAGGAAAUUAAAAGAACGGAGUGGGUAGAGUAUUUUAAGACGGCAUUAGAGGGAGUUGACGAGAGAACGGCAGAAAUAGGAGAAAGACGGAAUGAAUUUAGAAAAGACGAAGGGAUAAGUCGGGAGGAAAUAAGACUAGAAAUAAAAAGAUUAAAGAAGGGUAAGGCGGCAGGGAUAGAUGGGAUAAGAAAUGAAGCAUGGAUGAUGGGGGGAGAUAAAGUAAGUGUAAAGUUAGAGGAAAUUUAUAGAAAGAUUUGGGAGGGAGAGGGAUUCCCAGAAAAAUGGAGAAUAGGAGUGGUAGUUCCGAUAUGGAAAAAAGGGGAUAAAAAUGUGGUAGGGAAUUACAGGGGUGUCACGCUUACAAGCACUGCGUAUAAGAUAUAUGCGAACAUUUUAAAUAAAAAGUUGGUGAAAGAGCUAGACGAGAAAGGAGGAUGGGGCAGAACGCAGGCAGGAUUUAGAAAAGGAAGAGGAACAAUAGAAAACAUAAAGAUCUUAAAACACCUAGUAGGAAGAAGACUAAAGGAGAAGAAGAAGGUGUGGGCAUUUUUUAUGGACCUAAAAGGAGCGUUCGAUAAAAUAGAUAGGAAGGUAUUAUGGGAAAUGAUGAGGAGAAGGGGAAUCAGUGAUGUACUGAUAGAAAGAGUAAAAGAAAUAUAUGAGGAGACAAGAUGCGUGGUAAGGAUAGGGGGGGAAGUCUCAAAGGAAUUUUGGGUAAAAAAGGGGGUAAGACAGGGGUGUCCUUUGAGUCCAACUCUGUUUAAUGUAUAUAUCGCGGAUUUAGAGGAGGAAUUAAGAAAAGGAAUAGGAGGAGUAAGAGUGGGAGGCGAUAAGGUGUGGUCGCUAGAAUAUGCUGACGACAUUGUGGUGGUGGCGGAAGAAGAAGUAGGCUUAAGGGCGAUGAUAAGAGGGAUACAAAGGUAUUUAAAAGAGAAGAAACUAGAGCUGAGCCCGGAAAAGUCGAAAGUUAUGGUGUUUAGAAAGAAAGGGGGAAGGGAGAAAGAAAGGUACUGGUGGUGGGGAAAGGAAAGAUUAGAGGAGGUAAAGGAAUAUAAAUAUCUAGGAUAUUGGGUGUCAAGAUACGGAGGGGAAACGGAACACGUGAGAGAUAGAAUUAGAAAAGCGAGGGUGGCCAUGGGAUGGGUGUGGAGUUACGGGGAGAGAAAGUUCAAGGGGGACGUAAGGUGGAGACUGAAGCUUUUUGACAGUAUUGUGAAAGGAAUACUUUUGUAUGGAGUGGAGAUACGGGGUUAUAAGGAAUGGAAAGAAAUAGAGGCUUUACAAGAAAAAUAUUUGAGAUGGAUACUAGGGGUGAAGAGCUGUACUCCUGGAUAUAUAGUUAGGGAGGAAUUGAAAAGGAACAAAAUGAGGGUGGAAACGGGGUGGAGAGCGGGAAGGUUUGAAGAGAGAAUACAGAAAGGAGAAGGAGGAGAGAUAGGGAGAGAAAGUAUAGUAGAACGGAGGAAAGAGGAAAGAGAAAAACGAAAGGAAGAAUGGACAAGGGAAAGCCUAGAGAGAAGGGAGUACUUAUGGAGAGGGGGGGUAAGCGAGGAAGCGCUUAAUGAAUGGGGAGAGGGAAAAUGGGAGCGAUUACGAGAAAGAGAUAUAGAAGUAGAUAUGCAGCAGAGAGGAGAAGAGGUGAGAACUUCAAGGUCGUGUAAAAAUUACAGAAAUGUAAUAGGAAUACCGGAAUACAUCAGAAAGAGUAAAAAGAGAGAGGGAAAGAAGAUGCAGAUGAUUGCGAGAUGGAGAUGUGGUAACGAAGAAAGAGGAAAUAUGUUUUGGAUGAAUGAAGAAGAGAGAAAAUGUAGAGUAUGCGAAAAAGAGAGAGAGGAUAUAAAACACAUGAAAGAAGAAUGUGUGUUACUUAAAAAGGAAAGAUGGAAUAGAAUAGAGGUGUUGCACGAAGAUGGAAGAGGAUUAGUAAGCAAGUAA